GUCACCGAGAUCCGCAUUCGGUAACUCAGCACUGUUUAUGUAUGGUGUUAAUUGAGAGUUAUCGCCCAUUAACUUGUCAAGUUUGAAGUGAGAGUUUCGCUUCACUCUUUCGAACCCUUCGUUAGGUCCCGCUCUUAGAAUCUGUUAUAUAGUACUCUCCUCAACCGACACUCCUUUCUUUCCUCACCUCUGUCAACAUGCUUACUUUUGCCGACAGGCUCAACGCCCAGGUUGCCGAUUCCGCAGUCGGACGAUGGUUUCGUCUGGAGGGCUCUGGCCAUGCCCGUGAGCGCGAAGGUUCACGUUUUAUGACAGAUAUUCGUGCGGGUAUAACGACCUGGGCAGCCAUGGCGUACAUCAUUUCUGUCAACGCUUCUAUCGUAUCUGACUCUGGGGGAACUUGCGUCUGUGAAGCGGCCAAUAACUGUGCUACUGAUCCGACAUAUCUCCAAUGCGUCCAAGAGGUGAAACAAGAUCUCAUCACUUCCACAGCAGCCAUGUCCGCUCUCGCAUCAGUCUUAAUGGGUGCCCUUGCGAAUUUGCCUGUCGGUAUGGCUCCAGGGAUGGGACUUAAUGCCUAUUUCACAUACUCUGUUGUUGGUUAUCACGGCAGCGGGUUUAUUACUUACCAAGAAGCACUCGCUGCUGUCUUCUUGGAAGGAUGGAUCUUCUUUAUCUUGUCCCUUCUGGGCUUACGUCAAUGGCUUGCUCGCAUUAUGCCACAAUCCCUUGUUCUUGCUGUAGGUGCUGGUAUCGGAUUGUACAUUGCGUUCAUUGGACUAACAUCCGGUGGCUUGAAUGUAAUUGGAGGUGACACCACCAACUUGGUCGGUCUUGGUGGCUGUCUCGAGUCAGAUUGGUUGGAUGGUCUACCAUACUUCUGUGGUACUCAAGUUCUGCGGAGUCCUACCACAUGGCUUGGUAUCUUUACUGGCGGUAUCCUCACGAUCUUAUUGAUGCUUUAUCGUGUCAAGGGAUCUCUCCUAAUCGGUAUCUUCAUCACUUCCAUCAUCUCUUGGCCGCGAAACACCUCUGUCACAUACUUCCCACACGACGCCGCUGGUGAUCAGUUGUUUGACUUCUUCAAGCAGGUUGUUACUUGGCAUCCCUUGAAACACAUUGGCAAUGCACUAGAUUAUCACUAUAGUAAUGGAAAGGUGUGGUACGCACUUAUAACUUUCCUUUAUGUGGAUAUUUUGGAUACCACCGGUACUCUUUACUCUAUGGUUAAAUUCGCCGGCCUUCGUGAUCCCGUCACCCUUGAUUUUGAAAAUUCUACCAUCGCAUACUGUGUCGAUGCCUUCUCUAUCUCCAUGGGUGCGCUCGUGGGCACAAGUCCCGUCACGGCAUUCAUUGAGAGUGCCACUGGUAUUGCUGAGGGGGGUAAGACCGGUAUAACGGCAAUCGUCACUGGACUCCUCUUCUUCGUUUCUGUCUUCUUCGCGCCCAUCUUUGCCUCCAUCCCACCGUGGGCUACCGGCGGUGCGCUUGUCGUCGUUGGCUCGCUCAUGAUCCGCAAUGUUCGCGAUAUCAACUGGGACUAUGUCGGCGAUGCUGUCCCUGCUUUCCUUACCAUCCUAUUUAUUCCUCUGUCAUACAACAUUGCAUAUGGCGUCAUUGUCGGCGUAUUCUCCUAUGUCAUUAUCAACGGCUUCGUAUGGAUCGUCUCCAAGAUCUCCAACAAUUCGAUCAUGCCACCCAACUAUGACGCAUCCGAGCCCUGGGUCAUCCCCCCCGGCGGCAUCGUGCCCACCUGGAUCAAAAUCCUGCUUAACCGCAACACCCGCAUCGUCGAGGAGUCGCCCUCGGAAUACGCAUUCCAGGUGCGCCAACGCCACUCGAACAUCUCAGUCGACACGACGUCACAAGACAACCCUUUGACGCCCGGGAAGUUGACAUUCACAUAUGAAAAAUAAAAUGAGUUAUUAUUGUUGUCGUACUACACCUAUCAUGCUCUCCCGAUUUUGCGAUAUCCUCUCUGCUGUCGAUCUUUGCCACGCUUCGGACCCCCCGACGAGGCUUCCACUCUUUUGGCUAUUUGUUAUCUAUUUAUUGCAUAUAUCAUACCUGUCGUAUAUUGUACAUAGAGGAUGGUGGUUAUCGUUUUUAUUACCGCUGUUGUAUUUGUCUCUCUGGGACUUUGCGGAUUUUUUUUGUACAGAUAGCGCUAGUACCUGCAGAACAGCUUGUAGGGUUCUUAUGUGACGCUUUCUCCUGGAGUACAUUACAAAUGAAACCAGCCUCAUUUAUCCCCCUG